AUGGACGGACGCGCCGCACCGCCAUUACACUCACCACAAGCAGCCACCGAACUCGAAGCCGCCACUGCCACCAUCUCAAAUGAUCACGAAUUUAGCGCUCUGCAUCGAGAGCUGGAAACGGAACUUCACCAUGGCGAAACGGCUACCAGGCACGAUCCGUCAAGGGAGCCUAAAAGACGAAAGAUACAAAGCGAUCUUGACGGGGAGAGUGCUCCCCUGAAGGCGGGGGAAGAAUGGGAUCGGAUCAUGGCCGAUGCGGGUAGCGCUGUGUCCGUGGCAGAUGGUAUUGCUACCGCUAGGGCUCUUACGGAAGCAGAGACAGAAAAUAUAGACAUCGUUAUCGACCCUGAGAUCUCUGCCGGUACACUUCCGAACGAUAGCAUGCCCAUUAUAUCUGCUGCGGCUUCGGCACAAGGAAAUCAUGGGCAGCCCAGCGCAAGCGACAAUCCCUCUGGUUCACCUCAAGCGCAGGGUUUUGAUCUUUUAGAGAGAAGUGAAUCCCUCCACACGCCAUCUCUUGUCCGAGGACUCCCGGCCCCUACAGAGUUCGCACAUUCGCCGAACCAUCUUAACCACCCGACUUCGCCAUUCUCGACACCCAACAUAACGCAGCAUGCCUUUGCGCCGGGCAUACCUUCAGAGCAGCAGCGAAUAUCAGAAAGUUUAUUGCCUGAUUUCGCAGAAUCUAUUCAAACAACGCCUGCGGGUGCUGAUCAACAACCGCGAAAUUCGAACCACUUUGAUGGCAUGAGGCUUAUACCCGACCCCCCAAACCUUCAGCAGUGGAGAGAGAGACUUUUCAAUGUCGAAGAUACAAUUGUCCUGAGCGAAGAAGAGUUUCAAACAUAUUUCCCGCACGUUGACAAUGUUUACUCCCACCGUUCAACUCAACGCUAUAAGCGCAAACCUUUCAUCUCCCAUUAUUGGGAUUGUCGACUCAAAGGCAGGCCGCCAGGGACCCCAAAGUCCGUCGAUCCAAAUAAGAAGAAACGCAAACGAACCGCAAGAGAGAGAAAUCUCUGCGACGUAAAAAUCAAGAUUACGGAAUACUUCCCAGGGGCGAUGACAAACCCUCCUGAAAUAGACAUGGGUAUCACGGCACUAGCGGGUGCCGUAGAAGCGUUGUCUGGUGACUCUAGUGCUAAUAGCGGACAGCCAUUUGGCGUGUUGGCGCCGAGUACUAUAUUACCUGACGGACAUCCUGGUGCAACUGGUGCAAGGUAUUAUACAAUCCAACGGGUCAAUGGAAAUGGGGGUAAUGGCAGAUCAGACGCUGCCGGAGGACCGCAUAGACAUACUCUAGAGGAAAGUGACCGAAUCAAGAAAAACAGUGUCCAGCGGUCAUUGGUCAAAGACGAAAAGGAGAAGAAGAAGGCUAUGGUUGCCCAGGUGAAAACAUACCAUAAAAAAGCAUCCGGCUAUGCCUGGUUAACUGUGAACAAACACAAGCGGGAAAGCGAUUUGAAACUAUAUGGGAGUUGCUUUUGUCCCUUCGUCCAACGGGUCUGGAUUGCCCUCGAAGUGAAGGGAAUACCAUACCAGUAUAUUGAAGUCGAUCCUUACAAGAAGCCACAAUCAUUGUUAGACGUGAACCCGCGAGGAUUAGUCCCAGCAAUUCGCCAUGGCGACUGGGGAUGCCAUGAAAGCACCGUGUUGCUUGAAUACGUCGAGGAACUGGACACCCGAAUAUCCCUAUUACCUCCACAACAACCGCAACUCCGAGCUCACUGUCGACUAUGGGCUGAUCAUGUUGGUGUCUCUUUACUUUUUUUUAGGCAGCCGCUAACCCUGCAACAGAUCAAUCGCAAUCUUAUUCCAUGCUUCUAUCGUCUCCUUCAAGAGCAGGAGCUAGAGAAGCAGAUUCGAUAUACCGAAGAAUUGAAGGAUCACAUUGCAAAAUUGGUUGAUGCCUCUCACGCAACCGGGCCUUUUUUUCUUGGGCAGAGUAUCUCCUUUGUUGACAUCCAAUUUGCCCCAUGGAUGCUCAGACUAAGCCGCGUAUUAAAACCAUACCGUGGGUGGCCGGACCCUGAAAAGGGGAGUCGCUGGGCGAAAUGGGUGGAUGCCAUGGAGGCCGAUGACCAGGUUAUGGCGACAACCAGCUCCGAUGAGCUUUACUUGGAUAGUUAUCAGAGAUACGCUGAGAAUCGACCUGACACAUCGAUGCUUGCAACUGCGAUUAACACUGGCCGACCAUUGCCGUAG